CACAGACUGAGCCGUACUGUUCGGAUAGAGUGGCUUAGCUUUCACGCUUACAUCUACACAAAUCCAACUUUAUAAUCUAAAUCUUAAAAUCGAAACCUAAAAUAUGCUGACUAGUAUUAUUAAGUAAUUGAGGUAACAAAAGCCGGCCGAACGGCGAAGAAGGAAAUCAAACAAACAUAUAUGUUUGAGAGAGAAAUGUUGGAAAUCCAGUUGACGGGCUCGGAGACAACAACCAACAGACAGCGGAAAGAGCUGCACAUCCGGUUUAAAGAAGCCCAUAAAAUCGUAACGUCUAUCUUCGAUUGGUUGGGAUUUUAUUUUUUUUUAAAACGAUUUUAUAUUUGAUUUUCAAAACAGACGGUCACUUUCAAAAGCAAAACAAAAUCAUUAGAAUUUUAAAAGAAAAGGUUGAAAAGAAAAGAAAAAAUAAAAAAAUUUGAAAAUCAAAUUGCGCUAAAACCAAAGAGUGGGGAGUGCUUUGUGGUUUGCAGAGUUAGAAAGUGAAUGGUAGAGUCUGGAUUGUCUUAUUGGUUAAACAUAAUAAUAGAGGAAAUUUAUAAGUCAAUUAGAGUGAUCUGUUUUGUUUGGAUCUAUUCUGUUAUAAAAAAAAUUAAAAUUUUCCGUCUUCUUCACGGAAAUGAUUAAGGCUAUUGGGGGUGACUGUUUUGAUGGUGAUCAUGGACUCCUCCCCGAAGAAUUCAUGCCGAUCGCCCCUUUCACUUUCUCGAACCCGCAGCCGUAGAUGGCGCCACAGUCGCACCGGCACUGCUGUCGUUGUAGUGGCAGCACUGCUCGUUUCUACCACCGCCUGGCUAUCUCUCAUAUUUUCCGGAACUACAGCCCGUUGUUGGCACCGGUUUCGAAAAUGGGAAGGCAGCCCAAGCACCCUCUCCUGGCAUUCCGAUCAUCAUCUAUCUGCGGUGCUGCCGCUGCCGCCGCCGCCGCCGCCGCCCCCUCGUCCUUCUUCACUCCAAUUGAGCCGCAAUCGCAGCCUCUCGGAGGAAAAUUAUAAGGGAAGUAGUGAACUGACACUGAAACAUAUCAUGUUUGGCAUAGCGGGAUCCUCGCAGCUCUGGAAACAGCGCAGAGAGUUCGUGCGGCUGUGGUGGCGGCCUAACAAUAUGAGAGGGCACGUGUGGCUUGAAGAAGAGGUGUCUAAAGAGGAUUGGGACGAUUCCUUGCCCCAAAUAAUGAUCUCCGAGGAUACCUCCCGCUUCCGCUACACUAAUCCCACGGGGCACCCUUCGGGACUCCGGAUCUCCCGCAUUGUCUUGGAGAGUUUUCGGCUUGGACUGCCUGAUGUCAGGUGGUUCGUUCUCGGAGACGAUGACACCAUUUUCAAUGCGGACAAUCUGGUUGGUGUUCUAAGCAAGUACGAUUCCUCUGAGAUGGUCUACGUAGGUGCUCCUUCUGAAAGCCACUCUGCCAACACCUAUUUCAGUCAUUCUAUGGCCUACGGAGGUGGUGGAAUUGCCAUAAGUUAUCCCCUCGCCGAGGCUCUUUCCAACAUUUUAGACGAUUGUCUUGAGCGGUAUCAUAAACUUUAUGGAAGUGAUGAUCGCCUCCACGCCUGCAUUUCUGAGCUUGGUAUUCCUUUGACCAGAGAACAAGGCUUCCACCAGUGGGAUGUUAGAGGUAAUGCGCAUGGUCUUCUAUCCUCGCACCCUAUUGCACCCUUUGUAUCCAUUCAUCACAUCGAGGCUGUUGAUCCUUUCUACCCUGGCUUAAGCUCUUUGGAUAGCCUGAAGCUCUUCACUAGAGCUAUGACUGCUGACCCCUUGAGCUUUUUGCAGAGGUCAAUCUGUUACGACCAUGCACACCACCUUUCUUUUUCUAUCUCACUGGGCUAUGUCAUUCAAGUCUUCCCAAACAUUGUGCUUCCCCGCAUACUUGAGCGCUCAGAAAGUACUUACUCUGCUUGGAACAAGAUCAGGGAUCGUAGCGAAUUUGAUUUGGAUACCAGAGAUCCUCAUAAAUCUAUUUGUAAAAGGCCCAUCCUCUUUUUUUUGAAAGACAUAGCAAGACAAGGAAACGCUACACUUGGUUCAUAUUCGCGGGCUAGAAUGAAAGAUGAUUUUAGACGAAAAGUUUUCUGUUUCCCACGUUCUCCUCCUCUGCCUUACGUGGAGAAUAUUCAGGUGCUUGGGUUCUCUGCGUCAAAGAAGUGGCACUGGGUACCACGUCGUCAAUGUUGCAAACUGAAUAGAACAAGUGAUGAACUGCUUACAAUAUCAGUUGGGCAGUGCGAGAAGGGAUCUUCUGGUUCUUUUAUGGAUUCUGUUUGAGUGAGGGUGGCCAGCGCAUCUCAUUUUACUUACUAUUAUUUUGUUGGAGGAAUAUGCGCUUGAAGAAAGGCCGUCACAGGUCUUCAGUUUUGUAUCAUUUGGCAUCAUUGACUCACAGCUGGUUAUUGACUGACAUCCAGCAUUUUGGAUACUAUGCUAACAAAUUGCAGAUAUGAGUCCUUUCUUGUACACAAUUUAAGAUCAGCUUGCAAACCUCUCUCCUCGUAGCUUACAUUCUUUGCCUUCCUUUUUUAUCAGAAGGUAAAUUAUUAUAAACCGUAUCAAAUUUUGGAAAUUGCCAACAUACUGUGAGAAUGUUUUAGUUAGUUUACUUGUGAAAUGCUAAAAUCAUUUUUCUUA